AUGUGGGAAGCUGGCAUUCGCAUGGAAACAAACUAUCGGGCGUGCUCUUUUCCAAUCACACCUGACCGGAUCACGAAUCUGUGGCAAACAGGGAAGGUCUCGAAGGACACCGCAACCCAAGAAUAUAUGCGAGCAAAAAAGCAUGUGAAGGCCUACUUGGACAACGUGGAGUUCCAUUCCAGAUUUGAAACCAACUUUGCCUUGGCAAGCCUUGGUGCCAUUGCGUUCGCGCGCUCACCGCAUCAAGUGGCGCCCACUGUGCCCUGGCGGCGUUCAAGUUUUCUUAGGAUCCAGAAACUCAUGGAGAUCAGCUUGAAAGUUUCGCGUGUUGCUGGCGCUGGCUUCGGCAUGGUGUGCUCUGGCAGUGACGUGGGUCAAGAGCCCAGGAGUUGCGAACACACCUGCGCCGCGCGCGAUGGAUGCAGUGAGGAGAAUUGGCCCCAAAGCGAGGAGGAGUUCAAGGAUAUCGCGAAGUUAGCAGGCCAGGAGUGCUCGACAGUCCAGGAGGGAGGUGCGAAGUACGACCCCAGCACCGACGGUCGGCACUGCGGUUGGAGCGGCCCUGAGGGACAGCGCUGCGCCGAAGCUGGUGAUAGUGGAACUUACCGCUUUUGCCCAUGCAACUCUGAUCGGGAGCUUUGA